GAACGGUUGAAAAGCACCAACCUUGUCGACGUGUGAUCCACGUCAUCCACCUGGCCUAGUUCAACUGUAGUAUCUAGGGUUUAGGAUUACUCUGUAUCCAUUAUGUAUUAUGCACAAGCAUGCCAAUGACUAAUUUUUUUUCUAUCACAAUAUCGCACUUUUUUAACCGAAAGUUUCUGCCUUUUUUAUUUUGUACAUCACGGCAAUGCAACCAUGAAUCGACUAAGCUAAGCACCUUCUGAUUGACAAUAUAAAACAGGGGCCUCGCUUGACAAACAAUUUGUAUGCACCUUCUUCGGCACAAGUGUUUGAAAAAUUAAAGAGGGAGGAGAGGAAACCUCAAAAAGAAGAAUGGCGCCUCCUUUACCGAAAGAGAAGGUCAAAAUUCUUGAAGAGAAAUUUGAAAUGAGUGACUACAUUCCUGGAGAAGAAGUGAUGCACCAGUUGGUAAAGGAUACUGGACUAAAAGCAGACCAAAUCAGGUCAUGGUUUGCAAGAAGAAGACAGAAAAGUAAGAAUGAGAAGCAAAAGCUCAUUCUGCUCAAAGCAAAGGAGGAAAAGAAGAAUGAUGAUGAGACACCAGCAAAGGAAGGGGAGAGUGCUGAACUGGCAGCUCGGCUCAAAGAAAAGGAAGUGAAGAUUGCUGAACUGGAACAUCUGCUCAAAGCAAAGGAUGCCGAUAUUAAGAGCCGAAAAGCUGCGGCUGGAAUGAAGGAUGAUGAUGAGACACAAGCAAUGUGGCUAGAAGGGCGUGAAGCAGAUUCGAGGCCAGAACUGGAGCAACAAGCUCGAGAAAGGGGGAAAAGGAAGAGGGAAGAAGAGACGGAUGAACUCGAGAGGAAGAUUGCUAAGCAGGAUGCUGAGAUUGGGAGCCUAAGAGAUCAGAAUGCAGCAUUGCACCUUCAGAAUGCAGCAUUGCAAGUUCUGAUUGCAGCACUGCAGGAACAACUGGAGAAUCGAGUUAGCUGGGAUGAUAUACGGUCUUUGUUCUAGUACUUUAAUUUCUGGAUGGAAUAAAAAGUGUUGCAGUGUCUGAGUGUCUGGAGUAGAACGAAAAUAUCAUAAUAAGUGUCGAUUUGACAGUUAUCAGGAAAGAGUUCAAGUAGCAAGCAUCCAGGGUAUUUUUGGAACAAGGAGAUGCAAGACCUUUUUGAUAAUUUUGACCGAAGACAGCAACUAGAAAAAAGGGCAAAGAAAGCAAACCUAAGGGGUGUCACUUCUUCCUCUCCGGAAGGAGAGCCGCCGCAGAGGAGAUAGAAAAUAUAGAAAUAGCAUAGGACCAGCACUACGGAAGCUUAGCUUUUGAUUUCUCUUUGGAAGCUUUUGAUUUCUCUUUGGAGGCUUUUGAUUAGGACCUUUCCUGCGCAAGUCAGGAGCAUUUGAGGAAUUGCUUUCGUUGACUUUUCCCUCCUUGUCUUUUAGCAUUUUGGCUUCCCUCGGAUGUUAGGAAAAAGUGGAAGCAUUGAAUUCCCCUCUGUAGCUCCGUUAUUUCCUUGAUUGUUUCAAGCGAAUUGAGUUCGCCCAAUCGGAGAUCAUGGCCGCUACUCUCGCUAUAAUUUUGUAUGGUUUCUCUGCUUCAAACA